UAGCUUGCGUAGCGCGUAAUGACAUAACUCGUCAUUGUAACGCGAGCUCCUUUACAAUUACGAUGCAUGGGAGCACGCGCGCGCUUUCUGGACCUUUCGAAGUUCAAACCACAGCCAAUGCCCAGCCGUAGAGAUAGCUUCCUUCUCCUCGCUUGUGAUAAUUCGCAGCGCUCGCUUACGGCAGGUCACUUCCAGGCACCACGCAUUUUCUUCGCUCUCAAUUGGAAACCCCCCCGGUCCGUGACACCCAACCUCGCUGCGGACCGUGCGGCAAGCGCAAGGUCGAACGCGGCGAGCGCCCUGCAGAGCACCCACCUCGAGCCAAGGCAAUGCGUCCGCUUGUCCGUCCGCCCGCCGUACUCCGCCUCCCGAUCAGACUGCUUCCCCAAAUGACCAGCUCGAGAGCCGGCUGACCGCCAAGACUCCGCUUUCCACGCAUCUGGCAAGGAGGCGCGCGCUGCCAUCUCGCGCCCCACGCCACCGCGGCUAGCGGAUGGAGCACGGC